UGGGAAACUUUUAUAUUCCCAGGGACCCAACCACACCAAAACAUACCUCAUUUUCUUACAUUCUACUUCAACGGUGCAACCUACAGGCGAGGUGACAUACUAUACAGACGAUGAGACAGGCUUUAACUAACUAACUAACUUGACAAACACAUUUUCUCUUGGUUCUCGAUCAUUCAGCGAUCAACCUAAUAUUUCCGUUUCAAACCAGAAAACGCUCAUUUGUGCUUAGAAUCAGAGAAGUUAGGGCUUUGAUUUAACUGAUCGGAGAUUCUGAAAAAUGGCGUCGUGGCUCAAGGUCGCAGAAGAUUUGUUCGAAAAUAUGGAUCGAAAAGCAAAACUGGUUGCGACUGAAUUGUCGGAUGAGUCUUCUGAUCUUCAACCACAAGCUUCUAAUGGGCAAGGAUCCGAACCGAAGAAGAUGAAGUCAAGGAUCGAGGGUGGAAAGAAGCUCUCAAACAAAGAAUCUCCCCAAGCAAGUAAUGCUUCACAGGAGCUAACUUAUAUACAAAUGCCACAACUAGACAUCGCAUCUGAUAAUGAUAGGGCUACACUUUCUGUGGAAAAUGAAGAGACCCUUUCUAGCAAGACCAUAGCCCAAACAAGCACUGAGAACCUACAGGAUGCUGGAAGGGAUGUUACUGUUGCUGGUGUGGACUCUGCAACAUCAACUUCUAAUGGUGAGCUUCUCAAUGAAAAGGAUUCAGAUGUUCCUGUAGAGCAUCCCCCACCAUUAGCUGUGAAAGAGACACAGGUUGUCAAAGAAGACCAUCCUAUUGAUGAUGGUAAAAAUAUCAAGUCAGGGGAGGCUGAUGUUCCUGUAAAGACUGAUCAAGAGAAAUCGCAAUCAACACUUACCAGCUCUCCUGCGCGUAAGGAAAGCUCAUUGAAAGGUGCCGACCUUGAAGUCGAACCUCUUGUCAAUCAAAAGAAGCAACUGGAGAACAAAGCUGACACUUCUCCUAUGACAGUGCAGGACCAACUCGAUGAGGCUCAAGGACUGCUGAAGAUUGCAGUUUCCUCUGGUCAGUCAAAAGAAGCGAGGUUAGCUCGGGCUUGUGCUGGACUUCAAAGCCGCCUUCAAGAAUAUAAAUCUGAAAAUGCACAGCUGGAAGAACUUCUCACUGCUGAGAGAGAGCUGACCAAAUCAUACGAGGGUCACAUAAAGCAGCUACAGAAGGACUUGUCAAUAUCUAAAAACGAAGUAGCUAGGAUAGAGUCAAAUAUGGCUGAAGCUUUGGCAGUGAAGAACUCUGAAAUCGAGGCACUUGUCAGUUCUAUGGAGACAAGCAAGAAACAGCUUGCUUUAUCUGAAGGAAAUCUAGCUUCAAUGCAGGCAAACAUGGAGUCUAUUAUGAGAAACAGGGAACUGACAGAGACAAGGAUGAUGCAGGCUGUUCGAGAGGAGCUGGCUUCGGCUGAACGGAGGGCGGAAGAAGAACGUACAGCACAUAAUGCUACAAAAAUGGCAGCUAUGGAAAGGGAAGUGGAAUUAGAACAUAGAGCAGUUGAGACAUCCACUGCCCUUGCUAAGAUGCAGAGAAUUGCAGAUGAAAGGACAACGAAGGCAGCUGAACUUGAGCAGAAGGUGGCACUACUUGAGGUUGAAUGUGCAUCUCUUAAUCAAGAGCUGCAAGAUAUGGAAGCUCGUGCUCGCCGUGGACAAAAGAAGUCCCCAGAAGAGGCAAAUCAAAUGAUUCAGAUGCAGGCGUGGCAGGAAGAAGUGGAACGUGCACGCCAAGGUCAGAGAGAUGCUGAGAGCAAGCUUUCUUAUACAGAGACUGAAGCGCAGAAAAUGAGAGUUGAAAUGGCCGCCAUGAAGAGGGAUGCUGAGCACUAUUCACGUCAGGAACAUGUGGAGCUAGAGAAGCGCUACCGUGAGCUAACUGACCUAUUGUACUACAAGCAAACUCAGUUAGAAGCCAUGGCUAGUGAAAAAGCAGCUGCAGAGUUUCAGUUGGAGAAGGAAGUAAAACGUCUUCAAGAAGCACAGGUUGAGGCAGAAAGAAGUAGAGUUUCUCGCCGCACGUCGUCAUCUUGGGAAGAAGACAAUGAAAUGAAGGAACUAGAGCCACUUCCCUUGUAUCACCGUCACAUGGUUGGGGCAAGUAUGCAGUUGCAAAAGGCAGCAAAAAUAUUGGAUUCAGGGGCUGCCAGAGUCACUAGAUUUUUAUGGCGGUAUCCAACUGCUAGACUUAUUUUGCUUUUCUAUUUGGUAUUUGUCCAUCUUUUCUUGAUGUAUUUACUGCAUCGCCUUCAGGAACAAGCAGAUAGUUUUUCUGCUAGAGAAGUUGCUGAAUCUAUGGGUCUCGCUAACCAUACCUUACCAUAAUUGGGUAGCUGUUCCAGAUCAAAGGUCAAUGUCAUGAAGUUGUCUAAUAUACCUGCGUUUUCAUUUCUGCAAAGGUGCGCCUUGCUCACCGACCUCGCCAUCCGCCGUGCAUUUUAGGUAAUUAUUGAUCUUGGAAAACAGGGUAUAGGUUAGAAUAGCAAAUUAGUCUAGAUGAAGCCACAAUUUCAAAUGUGCAGCAAAUAUAGAUAAAUCAUUAUCUCCGUGUGUCCCCUGUCAAUACAAGCGUGCCUUGUGGGAACUGCUGUCAUAAUAUUCAGUGAGAGCCACCAUGUUGUGGAAUCCAUACUUUGCUUCAUGGAUUUAAUAUUCUUUCAUUUAUUAUAGGCAAUUGAAAAUUUGCAACCAUUCUCAGAAUGGACCAGCGGUUUUCAUUUUGGAUUUGUCAAAAA